AUGCGUGCAGUUAUUAAUAACCAAUGUGUCAACUUUUUGAAACUAAACCAAAUUGACGGCGUGUUCAAGCUGGCAGAAGAGGAGAAGACCACCUCGGGACGGACUACGUCGGAUAAAUCGACCGGAUCUUCGAGCGAGGACGACGACGACGACGACCACGGCAGUCAUGAUAACCAAGACGACCACGACGACGAGGAGGAGGAGGAGGGGGCCUCGGAGGACGCGGUGAAAAAUAAAAGCAACGCAUUGGGAACGCCUGGAAAUGAACCAGAGAGACGAGUAUUGGUCUCGUAG